AUGCUUAACGAGAUUAUUAGCCGUCCAAAGUCGCUUGGCGAAAUCGCAUCACAGGAGGAGGUAGUUGCGUUAUUGAGGAGAUCAAUUGUUUCCGGAGAUCUUCCACAUCUUUUGUUGUAUGGCCCUCCCGGGACAGGAAAAACAUCGACUGUACUUGCUCUGGCAAGGGAAGAGAAUGCUUAUCGCCAACGGAUACUUGAACUGAACGCCUCUGACGAGCGUGGAAUCGGCGUGGUAAGAGAGAAAAUCAAGUCGUUUGCAAAAACGCUCAUCAAUUCUCCGCCCUUUUUCAAGCUGAUCAUUUUGGACGAGGCCGAUUGUAUGACGUAUGAUGCCCAGGCAGCAUUGAGGCGAAUUAUUGAGGCUUAUUCUUCGACAACGCGGUUUUGCAUCCUUUGUAAUUACGUGCACAAGAUUAUCGAGCCUUUGAUUUCAAGAUGUGCCAAAUUUAGGUUCAAGGCAAUUGACAAGGCGUCCGCUGUUAAGCGUCUUCAAUUUAUUUGCAACGAAGAAAACAUACAGUGUGCCGAUGAGGGCCUGGAAUUUCUUAUUGACAGGAGUUUCGGCGAUCUUCGUAAAGCGAUCAAUUAUCUUCAAAAUAUCAAGAGGUUCAUCGGGACCAAUGGCAUUGCCAUUGAAAGCCUAAAAGAAAUGACAGGAGUAUUGCACGCAAUUUAUUCCUUCUCUGUAGGUGCUUCCGAGCAAAGUGAUAGAUGGGUUUCGCUCUGCAGUGCAAUCUGGCCCUGA